ACGGAUGUGGGUAGCUUUGGUCAGGAUCAUGUGGAGUGCAGUCGCUUGGAAGUGAAGGAGAGAGAGAGAGAGAGAGAGAGAGAGAGAGAGAGAGAGAGAGAGAGAGAGAAGAGAGAGAGAGAGAGAGAGAGGAGUGAUCAAGUUAUCGUCACGCUGAACUGGCGUCGCAUGGCUACGAUAGAAAAGUGACAAAAAGGCGAGAGAGAAAUACCGGAGGAGUGAACGAGUUUGGACGAUUACUAGACUCGCAAUGGCGUGACAGAAGGCGACGAGGCGGUCGAUUGAAAGUGAUGCAGUGAUAAAGGACCGUUCAAUUCGAGAGCACUGAUAAGGAGGACAUCGCGGUAAAGGAAGCAUCCGUGAUGUAAUACCCUGCAGGAGCCCGUGCGACACUUCAACCGAGAAGACGCUUCACCAACAAAUCUAACACCACUUGAGCCACUUUCAACUUAAGGAAUUCCCCUCAAAAAGUGACAAGGACUCCAGCAAUGAUAACCAAAGACCCUUUCAAGCCGCUGAUUUGUAUACUGGUGGCUUUUGUGUUCGUUUACGGUGUCUACGGCUUCGUUUUCAAACGUCGGGGCUUCAUCGGCGGAGGAGACGCCACAGGAUUCUCUACCAGCAUUCUAGACUACUAUGAAAAUCCAGACUAUGGAGAGGAUGACCAAUGGAAAACUGGAAACCGUUCGAGGAGGAGUUAUGAUCAAGGCAAGAAUAGCGAGUCUUCCCCGUUGCUCGUCCUCAUCCUCGCAUCGAAUGUUAGAAGUGGGUCGACUUUGCUGGCCGAGCUUCUAUCCACAACUGGAGAGGCCGUCCUGUUUUUCGAGCCCUUGUGGCUCCACAGAGAUAAACCGGAGCUCUUCCAAGGCAAAAGUGUCGUGAGCUAUUUGUCAGAUAUUUUUCAGUGUCAUUUCAGCGACGAAUUAGAAACCUCCCUGAGAUACACCUUCCCAUUUAGCCACUACUUCCACCAAAGCAUUCUCAAUUGCCUAAGCAACUCAUCCGCCGCUCAAGAUUGCCUCAGGAGACUUGACCCGAGGCAAAUCUGCCGAAAUGCGAGAGUGCGCGUUGCCAAGGUUGUGCGAGCGAGACUGUCCGCUGUCGAGGAUCUCCUCCGGGGCUCCCCCACACAACGUGUCAAAGUGAUCCACCUCACUCGAGACCCCAGGGGCUCGAUCACUUCCAUGCAGGGCCUCUUCUUGAACUGGAAGCCCUCUCUCAAGUGUGGCCCCCUGUGGGAGGACAUGCAGGUGUACGAUCGCCUAGUCCAGAAGUACCCGGAGAGACUCAUCAACGUCACCCACGAGGAACUGAGCCUACACCCGACGAAGACGAUGGAGAAGCUGAAUCGCUUCCUGACCGGGCGUCCUGACGUCUCUGCUGGGACCCACCGGUACAUCAAGAGGCACAUGAAUUCCACCAGGUACCGGGAAGACCCCCUGAGCACCUUCAACACCAGCAAGAACAAGUACCAGUCCUGGCGGUGGCAGAUCAACGGGCGGCUGCUCUCGCAGAUAGAGAACGAACCCAGUUGCCGAAAAGCCAUCGAAAGAUACGGUCACAAUUUGUUCGGGUCCCUGGACAGGGUCACUGAUCCUAGAAUACCCCUCAGAACAUCUGACGAAGGACCAAGCGAGGAGGUCUUACAGAUGUACUCCCAUUAAUAAACCGGCUGACGUCAAGAAUUAGAAUUGCAAAAUACAACGCUACAAGCCCAGUACAGAAAAUAAAAUAGCGACUUCAGGGAUAACUUAGGAAAGAGAAAUAGCAAAGGAUAAUACCAUUUAGAACUUUGUAUGGAUAUGUAUAAAGGACACUGUGCAGUGC